UGAAAAAGGUCCAAGAUGCUUUAAAAAAAACAAAAACAAAAACAAAAACUGGUCUCCUCUUUUACACCAAACAAACAGUCAAACGAGAGCCAUCAUCCCAAUUACCAAUCCUAGUCUUUGCUUCCACAUCUCCCCUAUACAAAACAAAGGAUUGAGGACAUUUACAUGAUUCCCCAAUCCAAAACUCUGAGGCAAUGUUCAUAUACUAGGGUAUAAGCAAUCUUUUUUCCCCACUGUUCGCAUCUUCACCAUGGCCAUGAAACAUCAUUUUGUGCUUCUGUUCUUAAUUUCUCAGCUUCAUCUUUCUUUCUCAGCUUCGGACCAGGUCAAUACUCUGGAGUCAGUUCCUGAUCUUGAGCAGUCAAUGUAUUUGACAGUUAAUGGAUAUCCCUGUGUCCGGUUGCUGAACCUUUCUGGUGAAAUUGGUUGUGCUAACCCUGGCCGUGAAAAAGUUGUUGCUCCAGUGCUGAGAUACAAGAACAUUGAGCACAUUGAUCAAUCAUCUUCGAUUUUGAUCCAGCUAGAUGAUAUGAUGGAUUUAAUGAGAAGGCUAUCAAAUGAUACAGGAUUAGCGAGGAAAGUAGCUGGUGUUUUGGUUGAAUCUAGCACCAAACUCCAAAAUGAGUCAAAAGGAUUUUCACCUGUUGAAAAAUUUUCACAGGCUGAAUUUUCUCCAUACCAGAAGCUCAAUUAUGAAUGGAACCCUCUUGGAUCCAGUAUCAUGUGGAAUAGCUACAACUUUCCCAUUUUCUUACUGGAUGAGGAUAGCACGGCUGUCCUGCAGAAGAUUGCUGACAAGAAUGAGAAGAACAAGCAAGCAUAUAAAGUAGAUGUGGCUGAGUUCAAUCUUGUAAUGCAGACGACGAAGUCAGGAACUCAUGAUUCAGAAUCUUGUUUGAAACAACAGUCUUGUCUGCCCUUAGGUGGAUACAGUGUGAUGUCUUCACUUCCACCGAUUGAUGUUUCCUCUACACAAAAGCCCAAAUCCAUAGUACUGGCAAUGGCAUCAAUAGAUUCUGCAUCUUUUUUCCGUGAUAAAAGUCCUGGCGCAGAUUCCCCUUUAUCUGGAAUGAUUUCGUUGGUAGCCGCAGUUGAUGCUCUUUCUCAUCUUGGUGACUUGGAUGAGCUUAACAAACAGCUUGUUUUUCUGUUCUUCACUGGUGAAGCCUGGGGUUACCUAGGUAGCCGGAGAUUUCUUGCUGAAUUGGAUAUGGGAACAGAUGCUGUUCAUGGUCUUAACAGCUCACUGAUUGAGAUGGUUUUGGAAAUUGGAUCUGUAGGUAAAGGAUUCAGUCAAGGGGUCAGCUCAUUUUUUACACAUGCAUCCAGGGAUUUACCAGCAACAAAGAAAACACUGGAUGCCUUUCGUCAUGCUCAUAAUUCGCUAAGAUCAGAUAGCAUCAAUAUCUCAAUGGCUAGUAGUUCAAAUCCUGGGAUACCUCCAUCAUCACUAAUGGCAUUUAUGAGAAAGAACCCUUUGACUUCAGGAGUCGUCUUGGAAGACUUCGAUUCUGCAUUUAGCAACAAGUUUUAUCACGGCCAAUUAGAUGAUUUAUCAAAUAUCGACUCCAAGUCCUUAGUUGCCGCUGCUUCACUAGUUGCUCGCACCCUUUACAUUCUCGCCAGUGAUGGCAAGAUAUUGAAUACGACAAAACUGAUUUCGAUCAACGUGAAUUCUUCUCUUGUAGACGAACUGUUGGGAUGUUUAUUGACAUGUGAACCAGGUCUUUCUUGUGCACUGGUGAAGGGUUAUAUUACACCCACCAGUACAUGUCCUAACCAUUAUGUUGGUGUUAUUUUGGGUCCACCUUUGUCAACUCCAUAUGUCGAGGAUUUGCGCGAUACAUCUCGAUUUUUGUGGAAUUUUCUCGCCGAGAAAACCUCUAAACCGAGGAAAGAAAACAGUACUAUCUGCUCAAAAGAUUGCAGCAGUAAAGGUGGAGUUUGUAUUAGGGCAGAAACAGAUGGAAAGGGCACUUGUGUUUUGUCUACAACCAGGUAUAUACCAGCAUACUCGACUCGUUUGAAAUUUGAUACUGGAAUAUGGAACUUGCUACCUGCAAAUGCAUCUGAUGUUAUGGGGAUGGUGGACCCUGUCUGGACGGAGAGCUUUUGGAGUGAGAUUGGGCUUCGAGCUUACACAGUCCAGAAUGCAGCUUACGACCGCUUCGUCCUUCUUGGAGGAAUAAGUGUUACGGUUUUGGCUUACUUAGCAAUGAUAGUGACAAAAGCUAUCGUGACUAAAGCCCUAAAACGGGAUUGAUGGGAAGCGGAGUAUCCGUGAACUGCCGAUUUGUAUAUACAUCUUAUUAACCAACCUAAUGAAAAGGAAAUUGCAGAACAGUUGGGAUCAUUUCUGAAAAUCAGAGUAAUGAAAUUAUCCCUGAUUUACAUUCUAGGAACGGUUUUGGGAGACUCAAGUAAUCUGAAACUGAUCUUUGCAGACACCUGAUGACCUUGAGACGGCACAUUUAUUCUUGAUUACAACUGACUUUAAAUAUAAUUUGGCAACAGUGAUUUCGGAAAGUGUUUGAGUGAUUCAAAAUGAAUAUACUUUAUAAUCCAUGGAGAGUUACCCGUUCUCGCCUCUUCCCACUGAAAAUGAAUUGAAAUUGCUCGGGGUAAGAUCUUUUGGAAAGGUGAGUAAGAGAUGAACAUUUAACAAAAGUAUAUUCGUCUCUUUUAACAAAAGUAUAUUUAUGUACUUGCGUCUCUGAACUUUUAUCUCUGGACUUCA